CACAUAGGAGAAGGGGUGAAGUUACAAAGCCUCGAACCAAAACAAGACUUUGCAGCCUGUGGUGAACAACGGGGCUUUGUUAUGAAUGGAACACACCUCGUUUUGAGGACUGAUUUUCAGAUCAAAUGCUUUUUAAACCGGAAGUUCGAUUGUUUAUGUUAAAUCGGAACCUCUCUGGAAAAUACGGAUAGCCCUUGAAGAUCAACAUGUGCUUCGCAAUGCUGACUAACAAAAAGAAGAUCUAAGCUGGAGGAGGACUGCCUAUCCUAAGUUUUCCUCCUCCUCUUCCUGGGAUCAAUGACCGGACCCAACUCCCCGAGCCGGACUGGCACCUCCCCGGCCAAACUAAGCAGGCAUGGCCGGUCCAAGAGCACUAGCUCGCACUGCCUCCUCCGCUGCAGCACCCAGGAGGAGUCCUCUCUGUCUCCCCCUGACAACAGUUCCAGGUCCCCUGAGGAGGAAGAGGAGAAGGAUGGAGGGGUGCUUUUCUAUGUCAACCGGUCUGGUUUUCCAAUCGAGAGUGUCACCUGGGAGAGAAUGUGGUCCCAUGUGGCCGCUGUGCACCCCGAGGGCCAGGAGAUGGUGGACAGGAUACGAAAUGCUGCAUACCUUGCCAAGCAUCCAGUUCCCUCAAUUCCAACCUUCAAACCAUCCAUGUCGGUCCCAGACUGGCUGGUGGCCGUCCAGAACUUCAUGAAGGCUCUGCAAUACAACCACACAGGAACACAGUUCUUUGAGAUCAAGAAGAGCCGUCCGCUGUGUGGGUUAAUGGAAACAGCGAGAGAGAUGAUCAGGGAGUCUUUACCAAUCAAAUGCCUCGAGGCUGUCAUCUUGGGAAUCUACCUGACCAAUGGGCUUACGUCUCUCGAGCGUUUCCCCAUCAGCUUUAAGACCCAGUUUUCAGGUCACUGCUUUCACCAUGUCGUGCUGGGCGUCUACUGCAACGGCCGCUAUGGGUCGCUGGGUAUGAGCCGCCGCCAGGACCUGAUGGACAAAGCGCUUACCCACCGAACUCUUGGAGAACUGGUGGCUGAAUUUGAGAACUCCUACAAGAGAUACCAGCACACACUAAAGAAGGUGAAGAUCGGCUUGUACGUGCCUCAUGACCCCCACAUCUUCCAGCCAAUCGAAUGGAAACAUUUAGUGCUGAAUGUGGCCCGACUGGGAGCUCAGGAGAUGAAGAAAGAGCUGGAGAAACAUGGGCGGGACAUGAGGAUGAAGAUCCUGAAAUCGUCCAGUGCCCAGUCACCAAUCAAGGAGCGCAGCCGGGGGAAGUCCUUAUCGCCACGCCGUCAACAGAGCAGCCCCCAGCGACGCUUCCCACACCGCAGAGACAAAUCGCCAGCCUCAGUGGAGAGGAAACCUCCAGAGCUCAGCACGCUCAAUGACGGCUACCAGAUCCGCAUCUGAGCCCCUCCUUCACCUACAAGACUACAAGACAUCCGUCCAGACUCCUCAGGCACCCCGAGUCUCCACCCAGUACGGGGGGGGGUCGCCAGAGCCACAGCUGCAUUUUUAUUUUACACAGAAAAGGUGGAUGAUUAUAAAAAAGAAGAAGAAAGAAGAGGCUUAAAUGGAAGAAAAUGACUGGUACUGACAUUUCAUACACCAUUUACUCAUUUUUGUAGCAAUGAAUCUCUUAAAAUAAUCUCAUCCUCAUCACUCACAGGCUGAGAGGGCUGGCAUUUAUUUAUUUAUUUUUUAAACCAGUGUUCAUUUGUUUAGCUGAAAUGCUGAGAGCAAACACUGAAGUGAUGUCAGCUCAGUUUUUCUUUAGUUUUUUUCUAAAUUUCAGUCAAGUUAAGUGAUGAUAUGUAUUCAAGAAGAGGUGGAACAGGAAGUAGUUGAAAUUCUUCUUCACUGGUUGUAAUGACAGGUCGUCACAGUGGAACAAAGGUCGUCUUUGCGUCAAACACAACUAAGGAGAGAUUAAUUUGUGGGUUGUUUUGGCAUCGUGGCAGUUAUGAGAACACUAUUUAGGGAGUUGUGUUUUAUCAGGGGUAGAAGUGGGUACAGCCCCACACGAUCACAAGAAGACAGAAAUUACCACGUUUGUCCAGAGUCAGGAGAUUUAAAACUAUAGCUUCAUUAUUUAUUUAUUUUUUUUAAGAUGGACAAACAAAAUCUGAAGGGCUGUCCUGGUCUGCCACUCGAGUUUUAGAGCGUCUUAAUGAUCCAGGUCAUUAACACCUUUGACCUUCCUCAACCAGCAGCAGUUUUAAUACGAUGAUUAAGUAAACUCCUGCGUGCAGACUGUAUUGAUUACAGUGGGAGCGUGAUAAAGUAUGCAGGGAAAUCAAAGAUGCAGAAUCAAUAGAGGGGCUAAAAGAAGAGGACGAUGAAGCGGAGCAGUGUGAGGAGCGAGGGAGUGAUUCAGAGAAGAUGGAGUGAUUGUUAAAGCACUCCGGAAAAGUUCCCGUCUCAGCUGCUCCUCUUCCUCAGGCUUCUGUUGACACAUAAUUGCAUGCAUAACCACGACUCUGUCCCUGAACACCACAAAGGAAAACUUCGAGGAGGAAAAUCGAAAGACUCAAACAGGCCGAGUUAGUUAAUAGUCACGUUCUUUAUGCCUCAUAUGACAGAAGGGCACAUUUUAUAUCAAGAUAAAUGGGCAGGCUUGACAUUUCCAUCCACAUCUGUAUUUAUUUAACUGACUCAUUUUGCAUCAUCAUGGAAACUUCUGUUGCAUUCACACCUCUUUUUAUUCUGAAAAAUAUUAUGGCCAGGUCAUGUCUGUAAAUGAGAACCAGUUCUCAAACAUUUUACCUGGUAAAAAAAAAAAAAAGGUUUAAAAAAAAUAAAAGAUUAUUAUUAGAUCAAAUGGUUCCUAACCUCCAUCCAUUCUCUUUGACAGGGUCGGGGGGGGCUGGAGCCUAUCCCAGCUGACAUGUAAGGUCCUAGGUUCAAUUCCACCUUGGCCAGGGUCUUACUGUGUGGGUUUCCUCCGGGUACUCCGGUUUCCUUCCACAGUCCAAACACAUGCAGUUACUGGGGUUUGGUUAAUUGGGGAUUCUUAAUUGCCCGUAGGUGUGAGUGUGAAUGGUUGUCUGUCUCUCUGUGUUGGCCCUGCGACAGGCUGGCGACCUGCACAGGGUGUACCCUGCCUCGCGCCCUAUGUCAGCUGGGAUAGGCCCCGCCCCCCGCGACCCUGAGCAGGAUGGAGGGGUCAAAAAAUUUGUUAAAUCUCUGAUUUAAAAUCAGAAGAAAAUACUUAAUAAAAGUGCAGCUAAAAUAAAAACGGUAAGCUUGACGUGCAAACAACCGGCAGGCCAAACUUUAAAUAAGACCCUGUUCUCACACGAUGCACCAAAAAACUCUGAACCUUGAUGCAAACGUCAGUUGUCAGUGUUUCCAGAACAAGCUAGCAGAAAGCCUGUGGAGUUCAGCUGCGGCCACGCUGCGUGUUUACACAGUAAACCAACACAGCGUUGGCCGGCUGGCUGCUGUUCCACCAACAGCUGGAACAUAAAAUGAUUCAGCUGGUCCAAGAUCAGCUGCAGCCAGCAGCGAGUGCAGAUGUUGCUGACUGAAUGAACACUCUGCAACAAAAGUCUCAUUCAAGACCGAGAAGGAUGUAACAGUCUGUGCAAGCUGUCGGCAGGGCCUGGACCCUCUGAAACGUUUGGUUACAAAAUGAUAAAAAUAGGUUUUAAUCUAAAUUAUAUUUGAUUUUUUUUUUCCUCAAUAGCUUGAAAACAGAAAUGAAAAAAAAAAAAAGUGUUUUACAACCAAUUUAAAGCUGCUUCACACAUGGACCUUUCUAGAUAUUACAUAACGGAGGAUAUUAAAUGUUCUUUAUCCUUCCAGCUCUCUGAUUCAGAGACUGUGUGCUGUCCAGUUGUGCAGCACUGCCACCUAAAACAAGCAGCAGCAGGAGUGCAAAUCUUUUUUUCUUUUUUUAGUACAGGAAACGAUAAGGGCAGAACCACAGAGGUUCUCAGAGCAGCUCGAUGAAGCGUGUUUUUGCUCCGUGAAGCCAAGUGACCUAUAAACGUCCAUUCAGUACUGUAUGAACCGUUUCACGCUCGUACGCUUGAUCUAUCGUAAGGAUAGUCCAAAAAAAACCCAAUCGAGCUUAAAUCUGAUUGGAAUUUUUCUGGAUUUUCCUGUUGAGGCCUUCAGUGAAUCACAACUAAGAAGCUUGAAAUCAAUGAACUUGAAAUCACGCAUAACAUGCAUUCAGUAUUUAUCCAUCCAAAUAUAAAUGCUUGAAAUAAACACAUCAAAUGACUGAUUAUCACAUAUUAGCAUAUUCAGCACUUCUUUCAGACAGUGCGCGAACAUUUAAUGACAGCAGAUUUUAAACUACAUGCCUUUAUGUAAUCUGUAACCCACAUCUGUGUAUCAGUGUCUGUUACAUCCACAGAAUGUACUGUAAGGUUUUCAGUCUUUUAGGGGAGAACUGUAGAAGUCAGGUUAAAAUGUUUUUAAGUGCACCUGCAGGCCUCCAUCACUGCCCACAGAUCAGCUCUGUUCACAGAGUUUAAUGAGUGAGAGGGAAACUAAUUUACUCAACUUUAGCAUCUUAGGAUAAAUACUUAGAACUGCAUGGAUCAAUUAUCUAACGAUUCAGCAUCUGACUUCUAUGGUUUUCACCUGAAAGUCUAACUCAGAACGGUGUUUCCCAAAACAGCCAAAGCAUCAAACUUAAACUGCACCAGGCCACUUUUUGCCAACCCAAAGUGGUGAUGGGAGGUUAGGAAAUAUCGUACAACCGCAGAGUAAAGAUAUCUGUAAAACAAUGUUUUUAACCUUGUACUUCACUUUAAAAAAUAAAAGUCAGAUAUUGUAAAAGAAGAGGCUCAGGCUCAGCGGUGGCAGAACAUGCUGAGAAAUGUACCAAAAUGAAUGAAAGUGCAGAGUCCGAGCACACAAACAUGCAAGACAAAGUUUUUAAGUUCUAAAGUUCUGCAGCACAACAAUGAAAACCCAGACCUGAUAUAAAUUUAGCCGAUCUCCCUUCAGUCUCCUUUUUAGAUUGCUCCCUGACAGUCUGACCACUCACACCCGUCCCUCAAAUUUAGCUUUCAGGGAAAAAAAAAAAAAGUCACAGGGAGCUAAAUUUAGUGAGUGAAUUGAUGGUGUGUGCUGAAAAAUUCCUGCUUUUACAGUGCACUGCAUGCUUCCACAUGGUGCCACACAUCCUGACAGGGCUCUGCUUUAACCCUAAGAGGGAGAAUUUAAAGUGGAUGACCUCAUGAAUGUUGGAAAAACAUCCCCCUCCCAUGCCCCCGCCUGAUAUCCACCUUCAACCUUGGACACAGCAGAAUUUGCUUACUGGGCAAGGAUCGUGGUGAAGCUGCUGAUGUACAUGUAAGUGGUUAUGCUGCCCUGGAAGAGGUCCAGAACUGAACAAGAUGACCCUGAGUGGAAGAUUGGCCAAAUUUCAAUCAAGUAUGGGGUUUUGAUUCUUAUCAGCAGUAUGAAUGAAUGCACCACAUUUAAGGAAGGAUUUAAGGCCUUAAGGAAGGACUGUGGUGAGAAACAGUUAAUGUGGCAUUGUUCACAGGGUACCUUUAAAAGCGCAUCUUUGAGAUGAACCUCAUCCUAUUUGAACUGUCUAUCUAAAGACGAAGGUGAUCUUAAAUGGCUGUUUUGGUGAAACCUCCGUUUUUUUGGUCAUUCAGAAGAAUUUCUGUAAUAUGUGUGCAGAUGUGAUCAUUUGAUUGUUUUAUUGCUUUUUUUUGAAUGUUUCGUGAUAUCCUCUCAAUCACAGAAGAAGGGUUUCGUCGCCAACUGAAAACUGCGAACAUUUUAUCCUAGCUUUUUGUUUCAACAAUGAGCUAUGCACACGCCAUGUUAGAAAGCAUAUAUAUGAAUCCUUGUCUUCCACAGUUCAAAUGUUGGAGGAGGAAGGUGUUUGUGGUUCAAAUUGUGUUUUCCCACCAUCUGCACAGGAACAAGUCUUCAGCUUUCAGAAUAAUUCUACUGAGCUUUUUCUGUAGAUCCAGCCUGACUCAAGGUGCUGUGAGUAAAGCGGAAUAUUUUGAGAUAUUCCCGAUCUUUGGCCAGCAGUGUUCCAGCCCAGAGACGGUCACAUCUGAAGCUCUGGAACAGACUAACCAGCCCAGCGUGUUCGCGUUCGCACCGAUGGUUGCGUACUGAUGCUUUCUAAAUGCUUGAUGUUUGUUAGCAUAUAGAAGAAGCACAAAGUUAUCCUGCUUUUGGAGUCUGUUUGGCAGCAGACACAGAAAUGAUGCGUUUUCUUACCGAAGAAGCAACAUAUCUAAGAGAGCAAUUUUUAGGAAUGACACCGAUGCUCUUGUAUUUUUGGAAUUACAAACUGAGGAUCAACAUGUUUUGAAGGGCCUAAGUUCACAAACUUUUCUCGAUGAAGACGAACAUUAAAACUUUACCCAGCAACAGUGAUAAACUACCAGACUGCUGAGCAGGGACACACAAACUGCAUCGUGUUUUACUGGAGUGGCAGCAAAGCGACCUGAAACAGUCAAACUCUGUGUAGCAGCCUCGAUCUCCUCCUGUCGGUUUGCAGCCGCAACGUCUGUGCUUGACAAUUUAUCUGACUGAAUGUUUUUGUUUUUUUUAAACUCAGAUCUGUUUUAUUUGGAUGUGAUUAAUCGAUUGUAAUCUAUGAUUUUGAAUGAGAAGCAUUUGUUUUUUGUUUUUUAAAAAACAGCCUGUACUUGUAGCAGGUGCUCUUUUUGAAGGCCUUUACGUUGUUUUCAAGUGCUGAUACCACAUUUCUCCACUCACUGUUCUGCUGUGGUUCCCAAACUUUUUCAGUCAUGUCCCACUUUAGAAGCUGGAAAAAAGUUGGUGUAAUUAUUGCCAAAUAUUCGACCAGUUAAGGCCUCAUUUGCACAGGUUUGAAAAACGUACAUUCACCAACUGGUUGCUGAUCGUUGCCAGGUGAAACUGGUCACAAAGGGGGCGUGGCACCAAAACGUAACUACGUUUGCCCGUAGUUUGCGUGGACGACACCAACUUGUCUGCAAAUACUGGCCAACUACUCACUGAGCGGUGGUGAAACUGUGGAAAAAGUGAGACACAAAUCUGAAACAGAACUUCACAGUAAAAGGACGUUCAUUACUGUUGCAACAUGUGUCAUAAGGCACAGCUUUUACUUUGAAGGCGAACGACCUCCAUUUCCUGCAUUUUUCACAGUUUCACUACCGCUCAGUGAGUAGUUGGCAAGUGUUUGCAGACAGGUUGAUGCAAAUUAUGGGCAACCAAGGCAAUCUGCUAGCAACCAAAGCAAAUACAAGGAGGUUUUCAGCUGUUUACCUCUUUUGCAACCAAUUUCCCCUAACAACUGCCAACUGGUGGGGGUAUAUACAUUUUUCUCCUAGCAAGAAGUAGUUGCUUGGGG